AUGUAUCUAACAUAUAUCUGUAUUAUUAUUGUUCUUGUAUCAACUUCAACAAAUCACGCUUUGCCAAUUUCAUCUUCAUUUCAUUUUGAUGAUAAUCCAUCAUCGACUAAGAAUGAUUUGUUUAUGAAACGAAAAGAAGUACAUGAUCCAUAUGGUUUCAAUACAAUACUGAGUCGAUUCAUUAAACGUAUUAAGUUUGAUGAUAUUGAUAAAGAAGAAUCAAAUGAUUCAUUGGAUUUUAAAAGACAUAAAUAUGACUUUAUUUAA